AUGUCAUAUGUAUAUGAUCCAAAAAGUGGAAAUAAGUUCAAUUCUUUUUUUCAAUGGUUAAAUGUUCUUAAAAAGCAAGGUUUGUUCAAUGGGGAAAGGUCUGCAAUUGCUACAAUUUUUUUAGAGCCUGUUACUUCCAGCCCUAACCUUGCAUCCAUAUUAAGACCAUCUGUUCAAUUACCUUAUUGGAAGAAUAACUCAACUGCAAGAAAUGUAGAAAAAGAUAUGACCAUUGUUUGGAAUGGAAAUUUAAUCUCAUAUGAGGUGAAUGUAUUGGGAAAAGUGGUGAAGGAUAUUGACUUAAUAAGACCAGGAGUUGCAGCAGAAAGAACAUUUACAGAUGUAGAAGAGGCAAUUGAAUAUGUAUUUGAUGCAAAAAUUUGUAAUGGAAAAUCUACAAAAGGAUUUGAAGAAGUAACACGUAAUCGAGGCCUACAACUUGUAAACAAUAAGCUUGGUCCUGAUGGUACUCAUGAGCCUUUUGCAUUUUUGGAAAACAAAGGAAAACCCAAUGAAAUUUAUCGUCGAGUAGAUUGUCAUCUUCUUGUAGAUUUAAAAGGUGCAUGUGAAAACUGCAAAAAAUUAAAGAAUACCUUGAUAAAAAUACGUAGUAGAUAUCUCACUGGUACAAAAUCUGUGAAAACAAAUCAUGCAUCACAAGAAAUCCUUAGUGAAGCUGUUCAAGAGCAACGAAAGCUCAUAUGUAUACAAUGUGGAAAACCAAAAGGGACAAGAUAUCAUCCUAUUCGUGGAGGUAAUGCUGCUUAUGAUUCUUUGAAGGGGAUAAUGCGUUUACCAUCAGUAUCAACCCUCAAGAGCUAUAUAAAUGAAUAUGAGCAAAAGUCUGGACUUCUUUGGAGCCAACGUAGUAAUAGUUAUGUUGGUUACUUAGAUUUUGAAGAUGAAGCUCAAGAUUUAAAAUCAUUUGCUAUAAAUUGUGAAAAAGAAUUAAAUGCAAUGGGAAGCAAUACUAUUUCACCUGACCAUAUAUCAGAAAAAUAUGAACAUGGUCUGGCAACACAAGUUCAUCAAAUUGUCUGGCAUUCAAUAACACAUAAUUUUUCUUUUCCAUUAUCAUAUUAUGGAGUUAAUACAUUGUCAACUCAUGAUCUGAAUACUUUAUUAUUUGGUCUUGCUGCAAAAUUGGAAUGCAUUGGAAUCCAUACUUGUGGCUCAGUUUGUGAUGGAGCUAGUGAGAAUCGAAAUCACAUAAAAAGUUUUGAUUGGUUUGCUUCGACCUGGUCUGUUGGUGAUAUUGUGGAAGUUGUUAUAGAAAAAGGUAACUCUUAUUCUGCUAAAAUCCUAAAUGCUAACAUUGAUCGUACAAAAUUUAUUGUCCAAAAGCUUGAUCAGGAAUUUACUGAAGGGAUCACUAUUGAUCAGAAAUUUUUAAGACCUGUUAUUGGAAGCCAACUCUCAAUUAAUGAGGAUCAAAAAAUAGUAAGUGAACAUGAUAUCUGGUCAUGGCAUAAAACAUUGAAUCCAAUUACAGGAGAUCCAUGGUUUUUCAUUAGCGACCCAACUCAUGUUUUCAAGAAGCUUCGUAAUAAUUUAUCAAAGAGUCAUACAGGACAAGGUAGCGAAAAAAAUGUGCAUGAAAUUAUGUUUGAUGGUAAAGAAGUCAGUUGGAAACAUAUUAAAGGAGUUUAUGAUUAUACUAGCUGUCAUGCAACAGCUAAGGCAACAAGGCUAACCAAACGUCAUAUCUGGUUAACAUCUUGGAGUAAGAUGCGUGUUGAUUUAGCUGAACAGACUCUUUCAAAGGAUGUUGAAAAUGCAUUAGAAGCUAUUGAAGAAUUGAAAGAUAUUUCUGAAGGAACAAGGAAAUUUAUUAGAAAUUCAAGAUAUUAUAGACAUAUUUUUCAUAGCAAAAUUAGUUUCAUAAAUAUGGAAGAUCCACGAAUUAAAACAUUAAAAAAUAUUCAUGAUUGGUUUUUGCUAGGUGAUAACCAAAAAAAAGGAGCCAUGGAAUGGAUUUCAUCUCAAUGUCAAUUUGAUUUGAUUUUGUCCAUAAAUGGCUUUCUUGGGAUGUUAGAAUACAUUCUAUCAAGAUAUAAAAUUGCAGCUAUUCAACCACGAAGAAUUUCACAGGAUAUGUUAGAAGGAUUGUUUGGGACCAUUCGUGAACUCAGUGGAGACUCCUCAACACAAACAUUGCAAGGGUAUGGUCAUGCUUUAAAUAAAUAUCAAAUAACUGCAUUAGAAUCAUCAGAAGUUAAAAGUUUUAAUUAUGGAAAUGCAAAUAAUGUUGGUAGUGGAAUGCAUUUCCUAUCAAGAAGAGAUUAUCGAAAACAAAUGUCAAAUGAAAGCAAUCCAGCACUUGUCUCUUUAAAUCUCCAUUCAUCACGCCUAGUAACUUUAUCUCUCCUAUCUCAAAAAAUUUUUGAAACUCUGCUCCAAGAUGAUCUACUUAUGGGAAGAAUUGCACCUCUAUCAAACUCAUUAAAUGAAUAUAUCAACAAUGAAAACUUAAGUAUUCUUAAUUCUAAUGUAAAACGGUAUGAACUUGUUGAAUUUCUAAUUUAUCAUAAUUCCAUUGAUGUUUUAUUACAAAAUUGGCAGAAUGAAGUUAGACUGAUUGCACAAAGUGCAAUUCCAAAAAAAAGAGGAGUCAAAUGGAUGUUAAGAUGGAGCUCCAACUUAGAAAAUCGUCUCAACAAUUACUUGUGUUCUGGAACUUGGUUUGUGUAUUUUCAACAAGAAUUUCAAUUAUCACAAUUUUCACUUUCUGUUCAACGAAUUGUUGCCUUUUCAAUGUUGCAAAAAGUAAUUCUAGAGACAUUUAAAGGUAAUGGCACAAAAAAUGUUGAAUUUGAAAAAGGAGCAGACCCCAAUUUGUUGCCUCAAGUAAUUGUAAAUUUAGAUCCUGCAGAAGCUUCAAAAUUUGCAUAUAUUGUUGGAUGGGUUGUAUUUAAGCUUACAAAAGAUGACAAAGUAAUGAUGUCUCAUCCAAAAUUUGGAAUUAUGCGUUCUUUACUUAAGAAUCUUUGCUCAGAAAAUGUAGAAUAUGUACAUGAAAUUCAUUCACAAACAACAAAUAUCAUACCUGGACCAGAAAUCAUGGACUUCAUGUAUCAUUUUGAAUCCAUAAUAAUUCAAUUAUUUGAAAAACAUCAUGAGCUUGGUCCAAAUAUUUUACAUUACAUAAGAAUCAGCCUGUUAAAUAACUUACAUUUGCAUGAAAAAUUUUCAUCAUUAUUGAAAUUUGCAAUUCAAGAUAAUAUUAGUUCUGAAAAUUUUGAAGGUAAGUUGACUUUGUCAAAUGAAGAUCUGAUUUUUUUAUUUGAAAAAUUAGUUUCUACCUACAUGAAAAGCUGGCAAAAAACAUGGAGACAACAUAAUGGUUACAUACCAGAGAAAGGUACAGCAAGCCUUAGGGAAAAUCUUAAGGUUAUGCGUUCAAAUAACCAGAAUCUUUCAAAUAAUGAGAAAGGUAAAAUAUCUAAUCAAAUAAAGAAAGCAAACUUACCAACAGAUCCAAUGCUUGCACUUGUUCAGCUUCAAGUAUGGGCACAUCUUGAAGAUGUAGAAAAUCAAUUUGCAAAAAAUUUUUUAGUUACAGAUCUGCUCUGGUUAUUAUGGGCAUUUGGAGUUAAAACAUCACAAAAAAGAAAAAAUACAUUGGUUCCUUUACUUAUAAGUCAUUUGAAAAGUGAAACACCUUUUAGUGAAGAAGCAUUAGCAAAAAAGAAUAUAUUUGCACUUGAGUAG